UGACGAGCCACUAACGGAGGGAAGAGGAGGGCCAAAGCUGCUGGGGGAACUUGAAGACAGCUGGGGGAGGAGGAGGAGAAGAAGGAUCGAUAUAACAAGAGCGGCUGUCGAUGCGCAGCGCAAUUCUCACUCACUCCAAGUGUUUGAACCGGUAAAGGGGAGCGGGCUUUCCAUUCAUUUACGUCCGCUGGCAACUUUUCUUACGCGAGUCCGUGGCGCAGGUCCAUUCAGCGUAACUAACUUUUUUUUUUUCUCCUAAAGUUGUUAUUUUUUAUUUUUAUUUUAUUGUUUCUUGCCAAGCGAGACAUCGGCAGAUAAACUCCGCAACUUUUUGGAAAGCUUGUUCCCUGUUGAAUUGCAUGACAACUCUUUGAAGGACUUUUAGGGCUGACAGUUUCUUCACCUACAGCGUGGUGUGGAAUUUUGAGCUCAAUAGGUGAGCUUCUCCAAUGCAAAAGUACAUGUAUGAGAAAGCAAUGGCUCAAGAGACAAGGAACGGAGGAACUUCAACGUUAAACAACAACAAUGGUGUUGAGAACACCAAGAAGAAACUGCUCAUAGCGCUCGACGUCUUCUGUCUCCUUCUUGCUAGCCUGCCUUUCCUGAUCAUUGAGACUAGCACCAUAAAGCCGUACCAGCGCGGGUUUUACUGUUCGGACGAGUCCAUCCGCUACCCCAAAAAAGAUGGAGACACCAUUAGUGAUGCCGUGCUUUGCGGUGCUGGCAUACUUAUUGUCAGCUUCUCUAUCGUGAUCGGAGAGUGCUACAGGAUUCAUCAGCUACAUGUGGGAACCAAAUCAUUUGUUGGGAAUCCUUACGUCGCAGCUCUCUACAAACAGAUAGGCGUGUUCCUCUUCGGCUGUGCCGUCAGCCAGUCGUUUACAGACAUCGCCAAGGUGUCGGUGGGUCGGAUGAGACCCCACUUCCUAGAUGUCUGUAAACCAGAUUUCUCCACCAUCAACUGCUCAGUGGGAUACAUCACCGACUAUACCUGCACUGGUUUGGACAGUGAAGUACAAGAGGCCAGGAAAUCCUUCUUCUCAGGACAUGCCUCUUUCUCCCUGUACACCAUGCUCUACCUUGCCUUCUACAUCCAGUCCAGGUUCACCUGGCGCGGCGCUCGUCUCCUCCGCCCACUGCUCCAGUUCACCUUGUUGAUGAUGGCCUUCUACACCGGCUUGUCGCGCGUCUCCGACCACAAGCACCACCCCACCGACGUGCUGGCGGGCUUCGUGCAGGGCGCCCUGGUGGCCUACUGCAUAGUCUUCUACGUGUCCGACCUCUUCAAGCCCCGAGUGAAGGCGGUGACGCCCCCGCCCUCCCCGAUCAAGAAGGAGCUUCUCCCUUCAUCCGACAUCAUUGAGAGGAACAACCACCACAACAUGGUGUGAGGGACGCCUCGCGCCGCCCCCCCCCCUCCCUUCCCGUGCCUGAGGAGCCCAACACAGCGCUGCUCACCUCCCAUCGGACAGUAGAAUGUAGCGACAAGAGACGGUAGCUGCGUCCUAGACGGCAUCCUCCUCCCUCUCGCGGUGCCCGCCGGGGCGCUUUGUGGACUAGGGUGUCAGAUUUGAGAUUUGCACAGCAGAGUCCACCCACACUAUCCAGACGUAUUAUCUACUAUAACUUUUACCUACUUAUCAGCAUUUGAGAAUAUCCUUUUGAGCACAAACGAAAAAAAAAAAAAAGCAUCGACAAAAUUAAUGAAGGGAUCGACAACUCGACAGGCAGAGCUGAAGGCGUGGAGGCGGGAUGGAAGGUUAAUCAUAUGAAGGGAGAACACUUGUGAAGAAAAACA